UGUCAAAAUCGAUUUGUAAGUUAGAGCAUCCAAAUGGAAUGUCAACAUUGAAGUGGGAAUGUCCCCUUGCAAAGUUUUCGGGCCCCAUGGAAGUGGAAGUACUUUCUCUUUUAAGUAUUAGGUAAGUUUCACCUUCGAAGUUCAUUCCGUCGACUGCGGCUGUAACAAAACGAGAGUGAAAGUGAGAACGACUGUUCGAUCGAACGUGAAUUCUAUACUAUUAUUAUCAGUAAUACUCGAAUCGACACGAUGGUUAAGUUUUCCGUCUUCCUGGUGCUUUUCGCAAUUCUCUCCAUUGUUGCUGCCACUCUGACGCCGAGAGCUCCGAAUUUCCAAUAUUUCGAAAGGCCCAAAUACAGAUACCCGUACUAUGACCAAAAUGGUGUUGGACGUUUGCUGUACGGCUACGGAGAUGACAAAUUGUACCAAUACAAAUCGUUCUCUCCAUUGGAAGGAAUCCAUUGAUGAUACAUACUAAUUUAGAGGCACAUCCUUACAGGACUGAGCCUGGAUUAUGCUCCAACCAGUUUUAGAUGU